AUGGAGGUGAGCGGGGACCCCGGCAUCCCCGCCCUGCACCGCCUCUGCACCCGGGCGCUCAGUGGUGCCCUGCAGAGCUCAGGCCUCACCCUCCUGCUGUCCCUUGCUGCCCACUGCUCUGGGCCCCAGGCCAAGGUUCUUUCCCCAGGAGGGCUGGAUGCCAGCGGGGCCAACCUGUGGGCCAGUGCCAACUGCUCCCUGCUGCAAGGCUUCUGGUGCCAGCCGGCCAGCCAGCUGCCCCGGGACCAGCUCUCAGCCCUAAUCCAGAGGCUGGCCUUGCUGCAGGUCCCCCUCCAGGCCUGGCAGCUCAGCUGCUUGGCCAACCUGGCGUCACGGUGCGGCCUCCAGGACGACUUCACGCUCCACCCACCCAACCUGCUGCUCUUCUACAACCUGAGCCAGGUGCGGGAAGCCGACUGCCGGGCCUUCAUCUGCCGUGCCGCCCAGGGGGACGUGGAGCUGCUGAGCCAUCUACCCGACCAGAGGGUCGCCCUGCGGCGUGCGGCUGGGGCCUGCCUGGGGGUGGCCCGCCCGCGACUCAGCGCCUCCGACCUGCAACUGCUCGGGGCCCUGGUGUGUGACAUGGACUCGUCCAGCAUCGGUGCCGCAGACCCCCGCGUGCUGGAGAACCUGCGGCGCUGCCCCCGGCUGACCGCCGCCCAGUGCAUUGCCCUUAACUCACUGCUGGCCGGUGGGAAGACCUCGCUCGGACAUCUGACCUCUGGCCUCAGCCUCACUGGGUCCUGCGGCCGAGGGGGCAGAGGGUUGGGGUGCUGUCCCGCUGGCUGUGGUGGGGGCAUCCCUCUCGUGGGUGCCAGUCGGGGGCUGGGUGGUCAAGCACCUACUGGGUGCUCCUCCUGCCUGCUGGGUGUCCACGGAGGGGCAGGGGCUCCCAGGGCGGGGGGGCCUGCCCUGGACCCAACACUGCGCCCCAUUCUGUGCACAAGGCCCCCUGGCUCCUGGACACUGGAGGGGCUACAGGCCCUGGGGCCCCUGGCCACAUACAUCAGCCCUCACCUGUGGGCGCAGGUGCAGGAGGCCGUGGGCCUGGGCUUCUUCCACAGCGUGGUGGCUUCGUGCCGGGUGGGAAAGCUCGGCCAGCGCGAGGCCAGUUGCUUCGUCACCAGCUUCCUGGAGUCCAAGACCAAACCAGUGUCCUCCAGGCCCAGGCUCAGCACAGGGGAACCCUGUGUCCGAGGCAACAUCACGGCUGCCACGCUGCAGGACGGCCUCUUCCUGGUGCACUACGACUGUGCAGAGCUUGAGUCCUGCCUGGAUGGCCGCAUCCUCAGAACCAACCUGGACACCCUGUUGCAGCACCCGCUGCCCACUGAGUGCCAGCACGUGGUCAAGGCCAAGCUCGCACAGAGCUACCCACAAGGCCUCCCGGAGGAUCAGCUGCGGCUCAUCACCUCGCUGGUCUACCUCUACUCCCGCACCGAGAUCAGCCAGUGGAGCAUCACCUCCCAGGACACGGUCGUGGCUCUGCUGGCCCCCGACGUGGCCCUGGAGAACCAGACAGAGGCUGUGCUGCAGAAGUUUCUGGAGCACAAUGGCACAGUCUCCGGUGCCCUGCUGCUGGCCAUCGGGGGCACCCGCCUGUGCUGGAUGAGUCCUCAGCAGAUCCAGACCAUCCAUCCCCAGGAGCUCAGGCUGGCCGGGGCCCUGGACCUCUCCUCCUGCCCCCAGAGCCGGAAGGACGUGCUCUACGCCAAGGCCCGUGAGGCCUUCGGCAGCAGCAGGACCCCAGCUGCCUACUACCGCCUCAUGCGCCCCUACCUCGGCGGCGCCCUGGUGGAGGAGCUGCGGCACCUGGCCCAGGCCAACAUCUCCAUGGACAUCGACACCUUCACCAGCCUGAACCCCCUCGAGCUGCAGAGCCUGGAUGUUGGCAACGUGACUGCGCUGCUGGGCCACAACGUGGGAGACCUGCAGAAGGCCCGCAGCCACCCCACCGUCAGGGCCUGGCUGCGCAGCCUCAACAGCUCCACCCUGGGCCAGCUCAGCCUGGACGCCAGCCCCGCCGGCCCCACUGGCCCAGCCCACGGCACCAGGGGGCCCCCCAGCACCACCCACCAAGCGCUCCAUCUGGUCCACACCUCGGGCCUGCCCACGAACGAUGCCCAGGCCUCCACCUCAGGUAUGGCCCCCGCACCCCUCCGGCUUGGCCCCCUCUGCCCGGGGCCCUCUCAGACCCGUCCCCGCCUCGUGGCCACUCCCACAGGCCUGUCCACCAGCUUUGUCCAUUGCCUCCUGGGAUGA